UUUCCUCAGCCAAAGGACCAGGCAGCUCUAAGAAGAAAGGCAAGAGUCAUCCAAGACAGACUCAUUGGUGAAACCCAGAAGAAGACUAAGCAAGCAGAGAAGAUGCUGGGAAAUGCUGCUUCAGUCUCUGCCACAGCUAAGAAGAAGGCCAAGGAAGCUGAGCUGUUGGCUAAAGAGAGUACAAAGAAUUCUAAGGCCUUGCUGAGGGAAAGUAAACAGGAAUACCGGCAAGCCAGCAAACUGACCAACCAAGCUCAAGCAACUCUCCGAGACAUCUCCCGGCAGGUAAUGCUGUCCAGGGAUCGAAGGAGAGAGAUGGAGAAAGUUGAGUGGGCAGGAACUGGGACUGGGUUGAGCAAGGUGGAAAGAAACAUACAGGAAGCCCGGAGCUCCUUGGAGAUGGACAUCAAGGUCUUGUCUGUCCUGCUUACUAAAUUGGGUAAGAACUAUGUCUAUUAGGGCACCUUCUCC